ACGAGCACCUGGGGACUUCGGGUAAGUAGAAAACUGAAAACCGACAUCAAAUUUAUGCUUGAGACACCGCCGACACCGCGCGAUACCCAUACGCACCUACCAUCUCGCCCGCCGUUCUCGUCCUUGUCGAUCUCGAGUCUAGCGACAUCGACCAGAACCCGGGCUUCGCUCCAUCUCCUCUCCCCCAUCUCUCCUGUACGCACUCUCUCUCUCUCCUCCCCAAGCUGCUGACUGGCUCGCGAAGUCGCCAAGGGAUCAAUCGAGAUCUAAUCUCGUUUCUGAGAUGAGUGCAUCUACCGCCAUGGGAGCGCUCGAGCAGGCCCACCUCGCGGUCGUCGCUUCCGCAUGCGAUGAUGAUGAGCAAAACGACUACAUCGACAUGCUCUCAGGGGACACCGCGGUGACGGGGCUACACCGUGGAGCCAACGGUGCGCGCUGGUGUUGGGGCUUGAUGAGGACGACCGCCAUGAGGGCCUGUGCUGGACACCCAAGCAUGUCUCCAAGGCCUUCCGCGAUGGCACCCGAGAUUCUGGAAGCACUUACAGCAAAGAAUUGCCGAGAGGACUUUUCGCAGGAAUCAUUAGAGACACUUGGGGAUUCUUUUUUCAACUAUAUUACAGCCCAACACUUUUUUGGCAAAUACAAAAAUCAGCAUGAAGGCGCGCUGACCAAGAUGAAGAAAAACGUGAUCUCGAAUGCAGCUUUAUGCCAGCUUGCUUGCAGUAACAGUCUUGCGGUAGUCUUACCUAACCUGGCUUCUUUUUUGAAAUCUUAAGUUUUGUUUACGUGAGUUGUCCCUAGAAUCGUAGAUUUGCAAACAUAAUCUACCGAAUACAGCAGUUUGGAUCAGCAUAGUAUCUGAAUUUGCUCCUGAUUGUAUUCUAUGCAAUGUCGUGUAAUAUACUUGCCUGAUUUAUUGUGUUUCCCUUAUAAUUGCCGUGUAAUAUACUUUCCCGAUCUAUUGAUAUAAUGUUGUG